CUGCCGAUACCUCCCUCCCUGUUUUACAGCCAGAACAAUCGCUGGCGUUUAGUUGUGUGCUGCCGUUCGCCUGUAGUUGGAGGUAGUUUGUUUAUAUCUGCGUACUUAACGCGGACAGCAUAGCUUAGCAUAGUUGUGGUGAAGAACUUAUCUUACGGAAAGAAAGAAAGAAAGAAAGAAAGAAAGAAAGAAGAAAAACUCUGACGAUACCGGACUCUUACAUAGUAAAAGCCUGACCGAUGAAUAUUACCAUACCGAUAAUUUCCCCCCCUUUUUCCUGAAAGGGAAGUGCAUUUUUACUGCUAAUAUGGAUAGGAGUCUUUCUUUAAGUAUAUUCAUAUAAAAGUAAGCUGCAAUAUAAUUUGCACUUAGAUAUGAUGCUGCCACUUGUUUGAUGAAAGCAACUCACGCAGGACUAAAUACCGCUCAUACUGAGGGGGAAAAUUGCUUGUCUUUUCUUGAUGUACGUUUAAUGUCGAGAUUUUCGUUAGUGUGUAAGAUUUCUCCAUUUAGAAAGAAGUAAAGGGAAAAUAAAUUGCGGAUUGCUAGAAAAUACCAAAAGAAGACCGAUACGCGGUUGUUUCGACAAAUGUUGAAAAGAACAAACAGGUCUUUGGCGGAUAUUUCUCACUCCUUAAGGAAGUUCCUGCCAUACUGAGAUUUUUUUCCAACGUUGUCUAUUUCCACACAGCGUUAACUGGCUGAGAAGACAAGCCUUGCCCUCUCCCCUGACUGACCGAAAGGACAGUAGACGGGAUUCCUGUUUCAUUAACACGAACGGGCAGAAGCUGGAAUUAAAACGACGAGACAGUAAAAUACACAAAUUACAAAGGCAGAAGGGAGAAGAUUCGCCUGAUUUAUCUCCUGUUGCUGCCACACUUCGCUUGAGAUGGUUAUAGCCUGAGCUGCGUCCGUCGUCAGAGUAAACAGGAAAAGAUAUUUAAACUGGGAAGUCUGAAGAUGUUUCCUGUUUUUUGUUAAAAAUUGCGACCACUACUGUAACAUGCACUUUAUGGUUAGGUUUUAUUCUGGAAUAUCCAUCACAGCUAAAGUUUGCUCCCAUUUCCAGCACCAAGAGUUGGGAAAAAAAAGGGUUUAGGCAAGUCCUUUUUAAACUAACACUCUAAGAAGAGUUUAUGCCCUUAGGUAACAGUGGAAGUCAAGGAGAGGGCAUUUAAGGGCUUUAACAAGUGCUCUACACCAGACAAAGACCUCUUGUCUAGUUUCAUUACUUAUAUUGGUGUGAUUGUGACCAUCUAAUCUGAAUCAUAUACAACACUGAAUACAAGCAAUUACCCUGAUACACAAUCAGUGCAAGAUGGCCAACAACACUGCUGACCACCUGCCUGGGAACUCAGUUGUGGAGGGAAAUGGGGAAUUUGGCUGCACAGUGAAGGAUCUCCGAGAGCUGAUGGAGUUGAGGAGCGCCGAGGCCGUCACCAAGAUCCAAAAGAACUAUGGAGAUGUGCAGGGCCUGUGUCGUAGGCUGAAGACAUCUCCCAUUGAGGGUCUUUCUGGCAACCCUACGGACCUGGAGAAGCGCCACAGCGCGUUUGGGAAGAACUUCAUUCCACCCAAGAAACCUAAGACCUUCCUGCAGCUUGUAUGGGAGGCCCUACAGGAUGUCACGCUCAUUAUUCUGGAGAUUGCGGCCAUCAUAUCUUUGGGACUUUCCUUCUAUCACCCACCAGGGGGCGACAGCGAAUUGUGUGGCCAGGCAGCAGCUGGUGUGGAGGAUGAAGGAGAGGCACAGGCUGGCUGGAUUGAGGGAGCAGCCAUCCUCUUUUCUGUCAUUAUUGUGGUGCUGGUGACGGCAUUCAAUGACUGGAGCAAGGAGAAGCAGUUCCGAGGGCUGCAGAGCCGCAUUGAGCAGGAGCAGAAAUUCACUGUUAUCCGGAAGGGCCAGGUCAUUCAGAUCCCUGUGGCUGAAAUAGUGGUGGGAGAUAUUGCCCAAAUCAAAUACGGUGACUUGUUGCCAGCAGAUGGAAUCCUGAUCCAGGGGAAUGACCUUAAGAUUGAUGAGAGCUCACUAACUGGGGAGUCCGACCAGGUCAAGAAGUCCUUUGAGAAGGAUCCCAUGCUGCUUUCUGGUACUCAUGUGAUGGAAGGAUCUGGAAGGAUGGUGGUCACUGCGGUCGGCCUCAACUCCCAGACCGGAAUCAUCUUUACACUGUUAGGUGCAGGAGGUGAAGAGGAGGAGAAAAAAGUGAAGAAAGGUAAAAAACAAGCGGCUCCAGAAAAUCGCAACAAAGCUAAAACCCAAGAUGGGAUUGCCCUUGAGAUCCAGCCACUAAAGAGUGAGGAGGGAGCUGAGUCUGAGGACAAGGAGGAGAAAGAAGAGAAGGAGACCCGGAAAGUCAAUGUGACCAAGAAAGAGAAGUCAGUGCUACAGGGCAAGCUCACCAGGCUGGCUGUGCAGAUUGGCAAGGCUGGUCUGAUCAUGUCUGCUGUGACAGUGAUUAUCCUCAUCCUGUACUUUGUUAUCGACACUUUCGGCGUCCAGGGACGCCCCUGGUUGAAGGAAUGUACACCCAUUUACAUUCAGUACUUUGUGAAGUUCUUCAUCAUUGGCGUGACAGUGUUGGUAGUGGCUGUUCCUGAGGGAUUGCCUCUUGCAGUCACCAUCUCCCUGGCAUACUCUGUAAAGAAAAUGAUGAAGGACAACAACCUUGUCCGGCAUCUGGAUGCUUGUGAGACCAUGGGAAAUGCGACAGCCAUCUGCUCUGACAAGACGGGGACCCUGACCAUGAACCGCAUGACGGUGGUGCAGGCUUAUAUCGGUGACACACACUACCGCACUGUGCCUGAGCCAGAAGUACUGCGGCCAGAGACACUGGAGCUGAUGGUUAACAGUAUUUCCAUCAACUCUGCAUACACAACCAAGAUUCUGCCCCCAGAAAGGGAGGGGGGACUGCCUCGCCAUGUGGGAAACAAGACUGAAUGCUCACUGCUUGGUCUGGUGCUUGAUCUGAAGCGAGAUUAUCAGCCGGUCCGGGAUGAGGUGCCAGAAGAGAAACUCUACAAGGUUUACACCUUUAACUCUUCACGGAAGAGCAUGAGCACAGUGCUGAAAAACCCAGAUGGUACAGGCUACCGCAUGUAUAGCAAGGGUGCCUCCGAGAUCAUUCUUCGCAAGUGUUCCCGCAUCUUGGAUGCCUCUGGCCAGCCUAGGAUGUUUAAGCCAAAGGACCGUGAUGAGAUGGUGCGAAAAGUGAUAGAGCCCAUGGCUUGCGAUGGCCUGCGAACUAUCUGCUUGGCCAUGCGUGACUUUUCCGGUGAUACUGAACCCAAUUGGGACAAUGAGAAUGAGAUUCUCUCUGACCUGACCUGUAUUGCAGUGGUGGGCAUUGAGGACCCUGUACGGCCAGAGGUCCCUGAAGCUAUUUCUAAGUGCCAGAGGGCUGGGAUCACUGUGCGCAUGGUAACUGGGGACAACAUCAACACGGCCCGUGCCAUUGCCACCAAAUGUGGCAUUCUGCAACCUGGAGAGGAUUUCCUGUGCCUGGAGGGCAAAGAGUUCAACCAACAAAUUCGCAAUGAUAAAGGAGAGGUGGAGCAGGAGCGUCUGGACAAGGUAUGGCCCAAGUUGCGGGUCUUGGCACGUUCCUCCCCCACGGACAAGCAUACACUAGUAAAAGGCAUCAUUGACAGUACAGUUGGGGACACACGGCAAGUAGUGGCAGUGACAGGAGAUGGAACCAAUGAUGGCCCUGCCCUCAAAAAAGCUGAUGUUGGAUUUGCAAUGGGCAUUGCUGGUACAGAUGUGGCAAAAGAAGCCUCAGACAUCAUCCUGACAGAUGACAACUUUACUAGCAUCGUCAAGGCAGUCAUGUGGGGCCGCAAUGUCUACGACAGUAUCUCGAAAUUCCUUCAGUUUCAGCUUACAGUCAAUGUGGUUGCAGUCAUUGUAGCCUUCACUGGUGCCUGCAUCACCCAGGACUCCCCUCUGAAGGCAGUGCAGAUGCUCUGGGUGAACCUGAUUAUGGAUACCCUAGCCUCCUUGGCUCUGGCUACAGAGCCUCCCACAGAAUCACUACUACUGAGGAAGCCAUACGGUCGUGACAAGCCGCUCAUCUCCCGGACUAUGAUGAAGAAUAUCCUGGGUCAUGCUGUCUACCAGCUGACCAUCAUCUUCACUCUGCUUUUUGCUGGAGAGAAGUUAUUUGACAUUGACAGUGGACGCAAUACUCCCCUUCAUUCCCCACCAUCAGAGCAUUACACUAUUGUCUUCAAUGUCUUUGUCAUGAUGCAGUUGUUCAAUGAGAUAAAUGCCCGUAAAAUCCAUGGCGAGAGGAAUGUAUUUGAGGGUGUUUAUCGCAACCCAAUCUUCUGUAGUGUUGUUCUAGGCACAUUUUUUCUGCAGAUCAUCAUUGUGCAGUUUGGAGGGAAGCCAUUCUCAUGCACUGCCCUAAAAAUUGACCAGUGGCUGUGGUGUGUCUUUAUUGGUGUGGGGGAGUUGCUUUGGGGUCAGUUCAUCUCUGCCAUCCCAACGCACCGAUUGAAGUUCUUGAAGGAAGCUGGUCAUGGUAUCCCCAAGGAGGAGAUCCCUGAAGAGGAGCUCACAGAGGGGGUGGAUGAGAUCGAUCAUGCUGAGAUGGAGCUCCGCCGCGGGCAGAUUCUAUGGUUCCGUGGUCUGAACCGUAUCCAAACUCAGAUGGACGUGGUUUAUACAUUCCAGAUGGGCCAAACUGCAGUGCCGGGGGCCCUGCGCCGGCAGCCCUCAGUGGUCAGCCAGCACAACGACGCAAAAACUGUUUCUAGUCCCACCCAUAUUAAAGUGGUUAAUGCAUUCCGUAGUUCCCUUUAUGAAGGCCUCAAGAAACCAGAAUCCAAAAGUUCCAUCCAUAACUUCAUGUCCCAUCCAGAGUUUGUCCCAAUAUCUGAAGAGGCGGUUACAGUUCCUGUAGUUGAGGAGAGCAACGCUGAGGCUGAGAUUGAGACUCUCCCCAGUUUCUUUAAAGAAAGACACAACUUCCUCUAACCACCUCUGCAGUUUUCUGGUGUAUUCCACUGCCACCAACAUUCUAGUCAUCCUGAUCCCCAUUCUACUUCUUGGACAUCUCAUUCAGAAAAUCUCUCUGGUGGACUUUUGAAUGUUCUGCAGCAACCAACUGUCUGCAACACUUUCCUCUAUGAAGCAGGCAAAGACCCUUAUGUGAGCCCCCCCCCCCCCCCCAGAGUGUGUAUACUGUAAGUACUGGUGGUUGCAUUACACAGUGUACACUAAGAGGUGGGAAUGGCAUCUUGGGCUGCAUCGUCCACCUCACCCAAACACCGCACAAACUCCAUUCCUGUCUUUAUUUUAUUUCUCAUAUAAUCUAUUUAUUUUGUUUUUGUUUUUACCUGAAACUCUUUUUUCUACACAUUUUUUUUCUACCUAGUAAAAUGUGUUUUUAGAUUUUUGUAUUCACGUAUAUACUAUAUGCAUACAUAAACCUAAAUAAUUACAUGUGUAUAUGUAUGUGUGUGUAUAUAUUGUGCAUGCAUAUGUCUUUAUAUUUCACAGUAAACCAUAAUACUAAUUGGCAGGUAUGUGCUAUAUAAUUAGGUGCUGUUAUUCAAUAAUUGUCACUGAAACAUUUAUGUAAUUUUAUUUAUGUUAAGGUAUGAAUGAGUCUCUAUCUGUGCUACUUCUUCAAGUAAAUAAAUCAGUCAGUAAGUAUAUAAAUGUCCAUAACAGUUCAAAGUCAAUGAGCACCAUUCUCUAGCUUAAAGUUAAGGUAAGGUUAAAACAAAUCCUUUAAAAUAUUAAGUCAGGAUAUAAACUAGUAAAAAAUCCAUUAUGAAUUCAUGUUUGUCAUGGAGAUUUAUAGUCUAUCACAAACACGUUGUCUGCUUGCAACAAUUUAUAUAGAUGAAUAUAAUAUUAAACAUUAUUUCUUCAUGAUAGAACUUACUCUUUCAUGCCUUUAUUUUUUUAUUUAGGGAGAAAGUAAAAUAGCACAUUUUACCUUGGAAUAAAUUUGUGCUAAAAUAUUUCUGUGCAGGGCAUGUAAAUGAUGUAUUGCAAUUUUUAAUCCCUGAUAUAAAGAAUCCUUUUAUUUAGAAAAAGAAGUGACAUAAGAACUGAAUAAACACACACUAUCACCACUAUGAAACAUACCAUAAGAAACCUAAUGAUAUAGCACACCUGUGCAUGGUUAAAUGUAAAUUCAAGUAAUACUUACCAAGCUUUCAUAUGCAACAAAUGAUCUUUGUUCAGUCCUGUAACUCUUCUGUUAGCCAACAGUUGCAUAAAUACUCUGGUCUCCUGGCUUGAUGAAAAUGUUCCUGAAUUAUGUUUUCUUAUGGAUACUAAUACUGCAGCACUGCCAUGUUUAAACCAUGCUUUUUAUCUACCUGUUGUCCUGUAAAAACUACUACUACUAUACUAUUUAGUCAUUAGCCAUAUUUGCAAAUUAUUUUGUAUUCCAUUCACUUAGGUUUCUUCUUUCUCAUCUUCUAGCCAAAAGAAAAAUUAUGUUUCACUGCCCUCAGAUGGAUCACUGUUGUUUUUCAGGCAAAGCAAAAUGUAAUGAUUGACUUCUCUAAGAACAUUGUCUUUUUAUUUUUAUUACUAUAAUUUUUUUGUCAGUUAUUAAACUAUAACAAUUUUUGCGAAACCUUUUUGGAUUUCAUAUAAACAAAUUAACCAUUUAAAAAUGUUCUGUAUUUUUAUAUUUAGUAUUUUUAAUAAUAUUUUGUCUCACAUACACAUACACACAAAGCUUAGGUCACAUUUAAUAAAUAUGAUAAACGAAGAAUAACAAAAAAAUACAUUUAGCAUAUUACCCCAUGGUUUGAAACUGUUCUUGAUGUUUACCCCAUUUGACAUGACACUGGGCAAAUUUCUUGAAUUAGCACCAUCCAACAAAUAUACUAUGACUGCAUAACUUGCAGUACUAUAUUAAUCUUUCUUCAUGUUGCUAAUGUACCAACUUCCUACUAUAAAGUACAUGUGUGCGAUAUCUAUUGCUUUCAUAGAAACAUGUUACUGAUUUUCUUUUUCUGCAAAACAUUAGUGAGUAGUGGUCAAUGGAAUAUAUAGCAAGAACAUCAUCGAUACUUUUGAAGUAUUUUUUUUCUAUAUACUAUAUUUUUCUGUUAUAAUUGAAUUAUCAGCAGGUUUCAUUUACUGAGUAAGAGGAAUGGUGCUUCAGAUUACUGUUUUUGUUACCUUGUUUAGCAAAAAAAUAUUUGAUGUUGUCACUGAUAAAAUAUUCCUGGAAAAUACAUUUUAAAUGAGAGAACACCAAGGCAGUUUUUCAAAGUAUAGCGGUGAAAGUAAAGUGAUACUGCCAUAAGAGGGUGUGAAGCACUCCAGAAUCCAUCUGGACAUUAUAGUUACAGGCAUCUGAGAUGUUAUUCAUUGGGCCAUUUGAAACAGAAACUAGUUUAUAAUUCUAUGAAACCCUUAGUUACACUUUUCAAAAUGACUCUUACACAUCCAGUUUACUGUAAAUAAUGAAAGCAAUUGUAAUUUGCAGGUAAAUUGUGGGUAAUCAAAUGUCAGGGACCACCAGCAAAGCUUUAGGAAUGUUCUGCCAAAGUGUUGUGUACAGUCAUAGCUUUCUUUUUCCAUUUACUCUAACAAAUUGCUAUAUAUCCCAAUAUUACUUGUGCUCCCUUUAUUGUUUGCAUUGUUGUAGUGUUGUUGAUAUAAUUUUGUUUAAAUGCCUCCUUUUUAAAGGUUUUCAGUGCACUGCUGUGAUGUGUUUUGACUUGAUUCCCCCUCAAUAUCAUUGUUUAACGAAUUUCUUUAUUUGUAAUUCCCACUGGGUGGACAGUAUAACAGGAGUUAACUUGUCAGGAAAGGUGUGCAACAGUCAAAUAAGUAAACUAUGGUGAAAGCAAAAUAUUGUUUGAUCUGCUUAGAUGCCAUUGACAGCUGUUAAACUUUUUGCACAGAUAAUAGUUCUCUCUAUUGUAUAAAAAUGCUUAAAGGUGUUGUGCAAUAACUAUUGAAUGAUGGUUACAUAUAAGAGUUAAAUUUCUGUUCAGAGCAUGACUCUGCUGAUCUUUAUUUUAUUUUUUUUUAAAUUUCCCAAUUUUUAUUGAAUUUGGUGGCACACUGGGGAACGGGAUGCAACAGCUGUAAAUAAUAUCAUAAUUAAAAAUAAAAAAUCCAUUGUUUAAUUCA